CAGGCCGCCCCCAUCACCAGCACCCAAGUGCGAUUCCUCAAUCUGCAAGAAUUCAGCAGCAAGGGCCUGAUGGACCAGUAUGGCGUCAGGACGCAAAAGUGGAAGCUUGCCACCACUCCCGAGGAGGCUCUCGCUGCCGCCAAGGAGCUGAAGAAGAACCCCGAGUGCAAGGAGCUCGUGGUGAAGGCGCAGAUCCUUGCUGGCGGUCGUGGUAAGGGCGUGUUCGACAAUGGCUUCAAGGGCGGCGUGCACCUCUGCAACACCCCUGAGGAGGCUGCGCAGCUGACCAAGCAGAUGCUGGGUCACAAGCUCACGACGAAGCAGACCGGCCCCGAGGGCACGCUCGUGUCGAAGGUGAUGAUCGCGCAGUCGAUCGACCUCAAGAGGGAGACCUACUUCGCCAUCCUCAUGGACCGCGCCUUCUCCGGCCCCGUCAUGGUGGCCAGCCCCCAGGGUGGCAUGGACAUCGAGCAGGUCGCCGAAGAGACCCCCGACCUCAUCUUCAAGGUAAACGAACCUCAUCAACGAACGCAUUGCGCUUCUUUUGGCGGAGCUUAG